GGUCGGGGCGGGGCCGGAGCGCCGAUGGCGGCGCCACGCACGGUGCUGCUGCUGAGCGGGAAGAGGAAAUCCGGGAAGGAUUUCGUGGCCGAGGAGCUGCGGAGCCGGCUGGGCCCUGAUGUCUGCACCAUUCUGCGCCUCUCCGGGCCCCUCAAGGAGCAGUACGCCAAGGAGCACGGGCUCGACUUUGAGCGACUCCUGGAUGCCAGCGCCUACAAGGAGAGCUUCCGCCAGGACAUGAUCCGCUGGGGCGAGGAGAAGCGCCGCGCCGACCCCGGCUUCUUCUGCCGGGCAGCCGUGGAGGGGGCUGGGUGCAGGGUGUGGGUGAGCUCUGAGGGGACACAGGGGUACGUGGGUGCUGAGUGGUUCCGGGCUGCCUACGGGGACGCGGUGCAGACCGUGAGGGUGGUGGCUUCUGAGGAGACAAGGAAGAGGAGGAACUGGGUCUUUGUCACUGGGGUGGACGACGCCGAGUCUGAGUGCGGCCUGGACCAGGGAGUGGCCUUUGACUGGGUGAUCACCAAUGACGGGGAUGAGGUGGCCCUGGGCGAGCAGCUGGAGAUGCUGGUGCAGUCUCUCCACAGGAGCCUAUAGCUCCCUGUCUCUUCUCUGGGGCGUGGGGAGUGCAUCAUCCCCAGCCCCUCAGCAUCUCCCCUUCCACCUCCUGCUGAUGCUUCCUGUUCUGGAAUAAAGCUCUGACACUGAGAA